CCCGCCGCCCGCCCCAGGCGCCCCUGCGCCUUCUGCACCUGCGGUGAGCGGAGCCUGCAUGGGCAGCGGGAGCUGCGGCGCUUCGAGCCGGCGCCCGACUGGGCCGAGCUUCCCUCCGGGCCGCCGGACAGGAGGGGCCCCGGUGAAGCCCAGGCCCCUGGGGACGACCUGUCCCUGAUCGGCUUCUCGGAGCGGGUGUCACCAGGAGAGCUCUUCGAGCCAACAGGGCACUGCUGGGCCCACCACUGGUGCGCGGCCUGGUCGGUGGGGGUGCAGCCGCAGACUGGAUCCGGGCCGAGUGACGUGGGCAAAGCUGUUUUCUCAGGGAUCUCGCAGAAAUGUGAACACUGUCAGAGGAUGGGUGCUACCAUUCAGUGCCACUCGGAGGGGUGUCCGCGGCACUACCACUUCCCGUGCGCAGCUGCCAGUGGCUCCUUCCAGUCCAUGAAAACCCUCCGGCUCCUAUGCCCGGAGCACGUGGCUGAGGCGGUGCAGAUGGAGGACUCGCGAUGCAUGGUGUGCGACGGGCCUGGGGACUUGCGCGACCUGCUCUUCUGCACCAGCUGCGGGCUGCACUACCACGGCACCUGCCUGGACAUCACCAUCACGCCCCGCAAGCGCUCCGGUUGGCAGUGUCCCGAGUGCAAAGUCUGCCAAACAUGCAGGGUGUGCGAGGCCUGCGACAAGGGCUACCACACGUUCUGCUUGAAGCCGGCCAUCGAGAGCCUUCCCACCGACUCCUGGAAGUGCAAGCUGGCAGAUAUCGAUAGCUCCCCCAGCAAGGACGAUGAUGAUGAUGAGGACGACACCAUGCAGAACACCGUGGUGCUCUUCUCCAACACCCUCUGCUCAGCCAGCUGGAUUGGCACUGAGCGGCGUCCCCGGGGUGCCUGGCUCGGGGGGGGUGACAUGUUCUCACCCCGUCCUCUCCUGCUCCCCCAGCUGGCAGAUAUCGAUAGCUCCCCCAGCAAGGACGAUGAUGAUGAUGAGGACGACACCAUGCAGAACACCGUGGUGCUCUUCUCCAACACGGACAAGUUUGUCCUCAUGCAGGACAUGUGUGUGGUGUGCGGCAGCUUUGGGCGCGGGGCAGAGGGGCAUCUCCUGGCCUGCUCCCAGUGCUCCCAGUGCUACCACCCCUACUGCGUCAACAGCAAGAUCACCAAGGUGAUGGUGGUGAAGGGCUGGCGCUGCGUGGAGUGCAUCGUCUGCGAGGUGUGUGGGAAGGCCUCCGACCCCUCGCGCCUGCUGCUUUGUGACGACUGCGACAUCAGCUACCACACCUACUGCCUGGACCCGCCGCUGCACACCGUGCCCAAGGGCGGCUGGAAGGGCAACGGAUUCCACUGCGAGUGGCAGAACAACUACACGCACUGCGCCCCCUGCGCCAGCCUCGUGGCCUGCCCCGUGUGCCGGGUGAAGUACGUGGAAGACGACCUGCUUAUCCAGUGCAGGCACUGCGACCGGUGGCUCCAUGCCCUGUGCAACAAUCUCCUCACGGAGGAGGAGGUGGAGCAGGCGGGGGAAGAGGGCUUCGACUGCAGCUCCUGCCAGCCCUACGUGGUCAAGCCAGUUGUUCCGGUUGCCCCCCCGGAGAUCAUCCCGGUGAAGAUGAAGGAGCCGGAGCCCCAGUAUUUCCGCUUCGAAGGCGUCUGGCUGACAGAGACGGGCAUGGCCGUGCUGCGCAACCUGUCCAUGUCCCCGCUGCACAAGCGCAGGCAGCGCAAGAGCCGGCUGGGUCCCAGGAGUGGGGAGGGCGGCCUGGAGGGGGGCGACGGCAUGAUCAUCCCUGAGAGAUGUCUGUCCAACCUGCUCUUAAAUAUCUCCAGGGAUGGAGACUCCACAACCUCCCCAGUGGGCGUAGAGCACAUGGAGUGUGAGAUCAAGCUGGAAGCUGCUGCCAGCCCGGACCGGGAUGGGGGCGCCGACGUGGACUCGGGGAAAGGCCUGGAGGAUUUGGAGGAAUGCAAGAAGAGGAAGCGGAAGCCCUACCGCCCUGGUAUCGGGGGGUUCAUGGUGCGGCAGCGCAAGUCCCAUACCCGCCCGAAGAAGGGCUCAGUGGCGCUGGUGGAGGCGUGUCGCGAGGUGCUGAGCGCCGAGGGGCACCCGGAGGACGGUCCACCAGCAGAAAUCCCCGUGGAAGGCGCGAUGGAGCAGGGUGCCACGGAGGGGGACGAGAAGAAGAAACGCCGAGGCAGGAAGAAGAGCAAGUUGGAGGAUAUGUUCCCAGCCUACCUCCAGGAAGCUUUCUUCGGGAAGGCACUCAUGGACCUGAGCCGGAAGGCCCUGCUGGCUGCAGGGGGUGUGGGAGAUGGAGCAGCUUGCCCGCCCUUUGGCCAGGGGGCUCCCAGACCCAGGGUGGACCCUGGUGUGCCUGGCGCACUGCAGAAGGCACCUGGAGAAGGGAAGGAGACUCCCACUCAUCCGAAAGGGGACGACAGCAUGGACAGCAGCACCCUGGGCGCCCAAGAGGAGGACCUGAAAGGGGCAGAGGCAAAGGCUGAGGACCCAGGGGCAGAGGAGCCGAAAGGUUCUCCAGAUCCCGGGGACACCGAGAAGCCGGCGACACCAGGCGAGGGUGCUCUCAGCUCCGACCUUGACAAGAUCCCCACAGAAGAGCUGCCCAAGAUGGAGAGCAAAGACGUCCAGCAGCUCUUCAAGGACGUGCUGGGCUCUGCAGAGCGGGAGCAGCAGCUGAACUGUGUGACGGCUGGCCUGGAGGCCGGCAUGGCAGGGCGAGACCCCAACCGGGCGCAGCUCUCUCAGCGACCCAAGCUGCCCAAGAUGGAGAGCAAAGACGUCCAGCAGCUCUUCAAGGACGUGCUGGGCUCUGCAGAGCGGGAGCAGCAGCUGAACUGUGUGACGGCUGGCCUGGAGGCCGGCAUGGCAGGGCGAGACCCCAACCGGGCGCAGCUCUCUCAGCGGCCCUUCCUGCAAGGGAGUGUUUCUCUGGGCUCUCUCUCCUCCGCUGUCCCCAUAGAGCCCUACUCGGGAGUCUGCCAGUCCCCGUUCCUCGAUAACAGGGCUUGGGGCGGAUGUGGGUCUCGCGCCACCACCCCCUCCACGCCCACCCCCCCCACCACGGAGGGCGAGGGGGAUGGGCUCUCCUACAACCAGCGGAGCCUCCAGCGCUGGGAGAAGGACGAGGAGCUGGGCGAGCUGUCCACCAUCUCGCCCGUACUCUAUGCCAACAUGAACUUUCCCAGCCUGAAGCAGGAUUACCCAGACUGGUCCAGCCGCUGCAAACAGAUCAUGAAGCUCUGGAGAAAGGUCCCUCCCCCGGACAAAGCCCCCUACUUGCAAAAGGCCAAAGAUAACCGGGCGGCUCAUCGCAUCAACAAGGUGCAGAAGCAGGCCGAGAGCCAGAUCAACAAGCAGACCAAAGGGGAGGUGCUGCGCAAGCCCGAGAGACCCUCGCUGCACCUGCGGAUCCCGCCCCAGCAGGGGGCGCUGCCGGGCGCUGCGGGGCAGCCUGUCUACAUGAGCAGCCCGCUGGCCCUGCCCGGCUCUGCCGACGGGUUCCUGAAGCCCCCGGCGGGCGCCGAAGCCGGGGCUGAGUCCGGCGAGCUCUUCCUCAAGCUUCCUGCCCAGCCCCCCGCCCAAGUGCCUUCGCACGACCCCUACAGCAUGGCCCCCGCCUACCCGCUGGAGACGCGCUUCCCUUCGCCCCUGGGCCAGAGCCCCACGGCUGCAGCUGCCUUCCAGCCCUUUCCCAGCCAGCAGCAGCAGCUGCUGCCCGCCUCCCGGCCCGCCCUGGGCCCCCAGCCCCCAGAGUUCCACCCCACCUCCCCCGGGACCCCCCGGCACCAGCCCUCCACCCCAGACCCCUUCCUAAAACCUCGCUGCCUCAGUGGCUCUCUGGACAACCUGUCGGUGCCGGGCAGCCCGGGGGCCAGGCCCCCCGAGCCGCUGCUCUCGCCCCCUCCCUUUGGGGAGCAGAAGAGGAGCCUGGAGGCCGGGGGGCUGCAGGUGAAGAAGGAGGAAGGGGGCCUGGGAAUGUGUUCUCCGAGCUACGUGGCCGCCAUGGGCUACGCUGACUCCCCCUCCCAGCUCUCCGCCGCCGAGCUGAAGGCAGCCAACGUGUUCAAAGCCCCCCUCACCCCUCGGGGCUCUCAGCUAGAGCCUCAGAGCCCAGGGCUGGCGCACCCCCACCCCCAGUCCCUGGCCCCCUCGCCCCCCAGCCACUCCGACCUCUACAGGCAGUCGCCCGCCGUGUCCUGCUACUCGGACCCCUAUUCCCAGCCCCCCCUGGCGCCCCGGCCACAGCCUCCCGACAGCUGCUGCCCUCUCCCCCCCAGGUCCCUGCCCUCCGACCCCUUCACUCGCGUCCCCGCCAGCCCACAGUCCCAGUCCAGCUCCCAGUCCCCUCUCACCCCCCGGCCACUCUCCAACGAGGCUUGCUGCCAGUCGCCUGUCACCCCUCGCUUCCAGUCGCCUGACCCCUACUCCAGACCCCCCUCGCGCCCCCAGUCCCGGGACCCCUUUGCCCCUCUGCACAAGCCGCCCCGGCCCCAAAUGCCCGACUCCGGCUUCAAAUCGAUUCCGGUCCCCCACAAUCCCCCAGCGGGAGGGGGCUUCCCCCCAGCCCAGCCUAGCGACCCUCAUUCCAAGGGUCUGGGGAGCCAGCAGCCCCCCUUCGCUCGCUCCCCCGGAGCCAGCGUCUUCCCUGGCGCCCAGGCCCAAAUGCGCUUCACCUUCCCCCCAGCUGUCUCGGAGCCCCUGAAGGGUUCCCCCUCCCACCAGCCCCAUGGGAUGAACAGCCAUUUCGCCUCCAGCCAGCCCAUGGGCAAGCCCCAAAGCGCCAGCUACGCCUCCUCACCCGGCUUCCACCAGGCCGGCAGCCCCCUGGGGCCUGGCAGCUGCCCUGCUGAGACCUACAGCCUCUCCCCCCUGCGGCCCCCCUCCGUGCUGCCGCAGCAACCCCCUCACCCCCAGCAGCAGCAGCAGCAGGACGGCUCCCUGGCCUACUUGCCCCGAGCUGGGAUGGCGCCGCCAGCUGACAAGCGGGACGAGGUGGUGUCGGGGGUCUCUGCUGUCCCCAGCCGGGAGCUGCCCGAGCUGCCCAUCAGCCAGGAGAGCACCCUCAGCAACAUCAGCCAGUCGGAGCUGGAGAAGCAGAGGCAGCGCCAGAGACUCCGCGAGCUCCUCAUCCGCCAGCAAAUCCAGAGGAACAACCUGCGGCAGGAGAAAGAGAGCGCAGCCGCCGCCACGGGCUCCUCCCAGGCUCCAUGGAGCGCCGAAGCCAGCAGCCAGGCCUUCGAGCAGCUCAGGGGCCUGGCAUCCUACCAGCCUGCACAGGUAGGGCAGAGGGGCACCAGGAGAGCCACACCUGAGCCAUGUGGACCACAUGGUGCUGGCCCCAGGGCUGCUGGCCUGAUGGGUGGAGCCAACCCAUGUGGCUGUGGCCGUCCACACUGGCCAUCCCAGCCCUUCGCCAAGCCCCACAUUCCCCUCGACACGGGCGACAAGAAGGACAUCUUCCACGAGCACCUGCGCCUGGUGGAGUCGGCCAACGAGAAGGCCGAGCGCGAGGCCCUGCUGCAGAGGGAGCCGGUGGGGCCCUGCCUCAAGGGCCCUGGGGAGACCAAGGAGCUGGGGCCCCCCGCCCCUUGCCCCUCCAGCACGGCACCAGCUCCACACCUGACCUGCAAUGGCCAGGCCAGCGCCCUGGGAGCCAAGCCGGCCUCCCUGCCAGCCAACAUCCAGCCCAAGCUGGAGGAAGGCUGCCUGAAGACGUCCCCCUGCCAGUUCAAUGCCAGGGCCUCCGACCGCCUCCCAGGCCCCAUCAAGCUCCUGCAGGUGCAGCUGAAGGUGCUGGAGGAGCAGAUCGGGGUGCACCGCAAGUCCCGCAAAGCCCUGUGCGCCAAGCAGCGCACGGCCAAGAAGGCCGGCCGCGAGUUCCCCGAGGCCGACGCCGAGAAGCUCAAGCUGCAGCUCCUGCAGGUGCAGCUGAAGGUGCUGGAGGAGCAGAUCGGGGUGCACCGCAAGUCCCGCAAAGCCCUGUGCGCCAAGCAGCGCACGGCCAAGAAGGCCGGCCGCGAGUUCCCCGAGGCCGACGCCGAGAAGCUCAAGCUGGUGACGGAGCAGCAGAGCAAGAUCCAGAAGCAGCUGGACCAGGUUCGGAAGCAGCAGAAGGAGCACACCAACCUGAUGGCAGAGUACCGCAACAAGCAGCAGCAGCACCAGCAGAGCUCGGCCGCCUUGGCCCUCAGCCCCUCGCAGAGCCCCCGGCUGCUGGCCAAGCUCCCGGGCCAGCUGCUCUCCGCCCAUGGGGUCCAGCAGCAGCUCCCCCAGCAAGCUGGAGCCCUAGUCGGGGCACAAGGCCUGGGCCAGCAGCCCAGCCAGCUGGCAGGACAAGCAAGCAACCUGCGCUUGCCCCAGGGUGGUGCCUCCGUGGCAGCCCAGCAGGGCCUGUCCUUCAUGGGCCAGCAGCAGCUGGGAAACGCAGCCCUCCCCGGCCCCUCCAACAGCUUCUUCCCUGGGAACCCCGCGCUCCGGGGGCUGGCCACUGACACCCGGCUCAUGCAAGAGAGGCAGUUGCAGAGGAUGCAGCUGGCUCAGAAACUGCAGCAGCAGCAAAGCAUGCUGGGACAGGUGUCACAGCAGCAGCAGCAAAGCAUGCUGGGACAGGUGUCACAGCAGCAGCAGCAAAGCAUGCUGGGACAGGUGUCACAGCAGCAGCAGGAGCUCUCCCUGCUGCCCCUGGUGGAGCCCACCAUCACGGCCAACUUCAGCCUCUUCGCGCCCUUCGGCAGCAGCCCCAUCAAUGGCAAGAACCAGCUGAAGGGGGCGUUCGGCAGCGCCGUGCUGGGGAGCAGCCCCGACUACUACAGCCAGCUGCUCACCAAGGUACCGUCCCGGGCUGACACAUCUGCCGUGGAAGUGAAGAGCCUGGACCUGCUGGCAGCUCUGCCCACUCCGCCGCACAACCAGACGGAGGAUGUCAGAAACCCCGCCCCCCCAACCAGCGGCAGCCGCAUCCGCUGCCCCAGCGUCUACCACUUCGCCUGCGCUAUCCGGGCCAAGUGCAUGUUCUUCAAGGACAAGACCAUGCUGUGCCCGCUGCACAAGCUGAAGGGCCCCUGCGACCAGGAGCUCAGCACCUUCACCGUCUUCCGGCGCGUCUACAUCGAGCGCGGCGGCGAUGAGGAAGGAGGCCAACAUGCUGCGCAGAGGGGGGCAGUGCUGGACCUUCCCCCCCGCUGUGCCCUGCGCCCGCUCCCCUCUGCCCCGUGCCCAUGCUCUCCUGCCUGCUGCAGGCCCCACACACUGAACAGCACCAGCAUGUCCAAGGCCUACCAGAGCACCUUCACGGGCGAGACCAACACGCCCUACAGCAAGCAGUUCGUGCACUCCAAGUCCUCGCAGUACCGUCGCCUCAAGACCGAGUGGAAGAACAACGUGUACCUGGCGCGCUCCCGCAUCCAGGGGCUGGGGCUGUACGCGGCCAAGGACCUGGAGAAGCACACCAUGGUCAUCGAGUACAUCGGCACCAUCAUCCGCAACGAGGUGGCCAACCGCUGUGCCCAGCCACCUGAAGGGGGAGGAGAGAAAGAAGCACAGGGCCUGACCCCCCACCUGGGCUCACUCCUUGUCCCCCGAUCCCUGCUCUGA